AUGUCUCAAAAAUCUGAGUCGUCUACCUCCGAGGAGUCGCUUGGUCAACGUAGUGUCGCGACAUCUGUGAUAAGGGACACAGGGACGAAGGUACAACUUAUGUUCAAAGCGCAUGGUCUCAAAAAACGAAAAAGCCUGCUGAACUCAAUCGUGACUGUUUUUAAAAAGCCUCACUCUCCUUCUCGCCUUCUAUCGAAUGGAAAAUUCACUAAAUUUGACCUUAAAGCACACUCAAUCUCCUUCAUUCUGGAAGUGCAAACGGAUAAAAAACGAAAAAAGGGCAACAGCAACCGUGUCGACACAUUUGUUUGUGAAAUCAAACAAUUUCCAACGGGAGUGAAUCCGGACAGCGCUGAAUUUGAGGUACUGGAACCGGCCAGCGGAGAAUGUUUCAUCCUGUUAUCGCUUGUCAAAGUGGACAACUUGGCCGUGAAUUGGAAGGAAUUCCUUGAAAGCAACGGGACCCUUGACGUUACAUGCAUUUAA